AUGAUCUCUAGCAACCCUCCAGCAAAUGACGACAAAGAGUCAGAUGACUCUGAGAGUGAGGACGAAACCGAGUCUGAGUAUGAAGAGGAGGAAUUGAAGGACCAGCAUUUCAAUAGUCUUUCCACUCUCCAAUGA